AUGUCGCAUCACCACAACUUGGACGUUGGCAAAACUGCGCUAUUCAACACAACCGCGACCGGCGCCGAUCUAGCCUCCCCCACCGCAUUACCAGACGCAAAGUCUCCAGGUGUCGCACGCAUCGAAGCCCUCAACGCGCACACGUCCUUCAUCAACCGCUGCUGCAUCUUCUUCGGCAUCUUCCUCAUUGCGUAUGCGUAUGGUUUGGAUGGGACGCUCCGAUACACCUACCAACCAUAUGCCACUGCGGGAUUCCAACAGCAUUCCACCUUGGCUACCAUUAAUGUCUUGAGGAGCGUCAUCGCCGCUGCUGCGCAGCCUACUGCGGCUAAGAUUGCCGAUGUCUUUGGCCGCAUAGAAGUCGUCAUACUCUCCAUGCUCUUUUACAUCAUCGGUACCGUCAUUGAAUCCGUCAGUUCAAAUGUCGAGUCCUUCGCCGCAGGCGCAGUCUUUUACCAAAUUGGCUACACGACCAUCAUCGUGCUCAUCGAAAUCAUCAUAGCCGACAUCACCUCCCUUCGAUCUCGACUCUUCUUCUCAUACAUACCUGCCGUUCCAUUUCUGAUCAAUACUUGGGUCAGCGGCGAUCCUUUCACCAUCGCAGGUGGCGCGCAAUCGCAAUGGGGGACUGCCAAAGUCAUUGCUCCUCUUAUCAUCGGCUUCAUGUGCCUCCCCGCCUUUGUCCUCUGGGAACGCAGAGCACCUCAUCCAAUGCUCCCGUUCCAUCUACUGAAGGAUCGUGCGGUUUGGGGUGCUUUAGGUAUUGCUUGCACUUUGAACUUUGCAUGGACCAUGCAAGGCGACUUCCUGUACACUGUACUAGUCGUCGCAUUUGAUGAAUCAGUAAAGAGCGCAACUCGCAUCAGCUCUUUGUACAGCUUCUCCUCGGUAAUCACCGGAUUGAUCCUUGGUGGUGUUGUAUUCAAGGUCCGCCGCUUGAAACCUUUCAUCGUCGCCGGAACUUGUCUUUUCGUGGUAGCUUUCGGUCUUCUAAUUUACUACCGUGGCGGCUCUGGCGAUUCGUUGCAUUCCGGCAUCAUCGGAGCGCAGAUAUGCUUGGGCAUUGCAGGAGGCAUGUUUCCAUAUCCUGCACAAGCCAGUAUCCAAGCUGCCACAAAACACGAGCACGUCGCAAUCGUAACGGGCAUUUAUCUCGCUACCUACAACAUUGGCAGCGCGCUUGGUAAUACAGUCUCAGGUGCUAUGUGGCAGCAGAUCAUCCCAAAUGAGUUGGCCCGUCGCAUUGGCGAUCCCUCGCUCGCAGCCGUCGCGUAUGGUGAUCCGUUUGCAUUUGCAACUCUAUACCCAGUGCAAACCCCAGAGCGUAUCGCUGUGAUACAGGCAUACAGACACGUGCAAAAAUUACUCUGCAUCACGGGUAUAUGUCUUGCAGUACUUCUUGUCGCUUUCUCGCUAGUCAUCCGGAACCCGGAGUUGGGCAAGGACCAGAGCCUGAAGCAUGCUGAGGAGGAUGCAGAAGUCAAUUGCUCGGAUAGUAGGUCCUAG